GACGGAUAGUUCUGAUCCUUUUUAGUGUGUGUCUUCCCAAUGGCCGCUGUCUCGGAUGGUACACACAAUAUAGACAACGCUAUAUACCGUACUAUGUACAACCAUAAAGGAGCAAUCGAAAGUUCUUAUAGCUACUACAUCAGAGAUUCACAGAUGAAGCCACACCAACAAUAUGAGUGUCUGUAUAAUUCUUCUUCACCUUUUCACACAUACUACUCAUCAUCCCUCGCUAAUUUACAAGAGUUCAAACAAGAAAGAAUGUACGAAAAGUUCUUGUUCAUUUUCUGCAGGGUUCUCUAGCUAUGUCGUCGACGUGCUAGAUGUGUACAGUCACGACAUUAUUGAUUAUUUCUCCCACGACACACAAAAAUGCCGUGUAUAUGCCCAGAAAUAUGGGGAAACUUAUUACGAGAAAUGCAGGCAGAGCUUUUGUUUCGAAUAAUGUUUAGAUAUAUGGGUAUAUACGUGGAUUGAAUUGAUCAAACACGAGAGAUAAUUGCCGGGCUGCGUGCCAAUGAGCCGAUAUUUCAAAAUCGGACGAGCUCACCUGAUCACUGUAUAGAUGGAGACAACAUGGCGCUGCCCAAUAAUUGUAUAAACACACACAUCCGCGUGAUUGUAAUUGUGGAGAUUAUAAUUUGUUGUUUCUUCUGUUUCGGAGCCAAACGACAGUCUCUCAGGGUAUUGUUGUCACGUUAUUUUGCCAAGAACCUCGCUUCAUGUAUGUGUGCCCAGAGAGCCCGGCUAAAAUUGGAUCACCGGGAAAAACUUAUAAUAUUCUUUUUUUGGUUUUCUUUUCAUUUUACCCUCGGCUCGGCUCGAGUCCCCCCCUACUAUAACUAAAUGACAAAUAACUGCGAGGCCACCCCCUCCAGCAUAUUUGGAUUUGGUCAGCUCGUCGUAUAUUUAAUCUGAUUCUCGAAAUAAAUGGAUGAGAUUAAUUCUCAAUCAAGGAAUUUCGCCCUUUCGACUGUUGCCAGAAAAACGCACGUCGUAAUAUACGGGAUCACGAGCAAAAUUGAUUCGGACCGCAGUUUCCAUCAUCCAUCGGUUGCUGCAGACUGCGUCGUUGCCGUCAUUCUAAAAAUCCAUUUUUAUUCUUUUCUUUUCUUUCUUCUUCUUAUUUCCUUUCUUCUAGAUUUUUGCUUGUUUGCCUUUCUUUUCGCUCUGCUGGGCGAAUGCCGCUCCUUCCAAUAUCUGGCACAGGAUUGGUUCCCCAACGUCUGUGACGUCAGCAACGCCCGGGAAAGGAGCGCGAAAUGGCGCUGUUGUCGGAAGGAUCCCCCCAUCCCUCUCCGACCGAGUCGACUUGCUUUUAACCGACUCGGAUCCUCUUCACUCUGUGUCGGUGAUCACUACUGUUCGCUCCGCAGAUUCCUCUUCGAGUUCCUCCUUGUAUCAAAAUGGUUGACGCUGCCGUAUCCGAGAAAUUGGAAGCUGGAUUCCAGAAGCUCCAGGAAGCCACCAACUGCAAGUCUCUGUUGAAGAAGCACCUCACCCGUGAGAUCUUUGACAAGAUCAAGGACCUGAAGACAUCCUUUGGAUCCACUCUUCUGGAUGUCAUCCAGUCUGGUGUUGAGAACUUGGACUCUGGAUUCGGUGUCUACGCCCCGGAUGCUGAGGCCUACAGCGUCUUCAAUGAUCUGUUCGAACCCAUGAUCUGCGACUACCACACCGGAUUCAAGCCCGGAGAUGCCCACCCACCCAGGGACUUUGGUGAUCUCGAGACUUUCGGCAACUUGGAUCCCGAGGGCGCUUUCAUCGUCUCCACCCGCGUCCGUUGCGGUCGCUCCUUGGCCGGCUAUGCUUUCAACCCCUGCUUGACUGAGGCCAACUACAAGGAGAUGGAAGAGAAAGUCGUCGCCAGCUUGUCCAGCUUGGAAGGCGAACUCAAGGGAACUUAUUUCCCCUUGACUGGCAUGACCAAGGAGGUCCAGACCCAGCUCAUCCAGGAUCGUUUCCUCUUCAAGGAAGGAGAUCGUUUCCUCCAGGCUGCCAACGCUUGCCGCUACUGGCCCACUGGCCGUGGUAUCUACCACAACGUCGACAAGACCUUCUUGGUCUGGUGCAAUGAGGAAGAUCACUUGCGCAUCAUCUCCAUGCAGAAGGGUGGUGACUUGAAGGCCGUCUACGCCCGCUUGGUCAACGCCAUCAAUGAAAUCGAGAAGAGGAUCCCCUUCUCUCACCACGACAAAUACGGUUUCUUGACCUUCUGCCCGACCAACUUGGGCACCACCAUCCGCGCUUCCGUCCACAUUGCGCUCCCCAAGUUGGCCGCCGAUCUUGCCAAGCUCGAAGAGGCCGCCGGAAAGUUCAACCUCCAGGUCCGUGGUACUGCUGGUGAACACACCGAAGCCGAGGGUGGUGUCUACGACAUCUCCAACAAACGCCGCAUGGGUCUGACUGAAUACCAGGCCGUCAAGGAGAUGUACGACGGUCUCCAGGAGCUCAUCCGCAUGGAGAAGGAGGCUGCUUAAAUAAUAACUUAACUUUUUAUGUCUCUACCAGCCCUUCUUAAUGAUAAUAUAUAAACAAUAAUUACACCAUUAGCCAUGUUGUAAGACCUGCUUAAAAAGCGUGUUUGAACGAAUCACUUAUAGAUGCGUCGGGGUUUCAGUUACGCCAUCUAUCAUCUGAAAGCGCCGUCAAUUUCAAUUUUCUCUCUCCUUCUUCCUUAACUGUCUUCAUAUUUACGGUUGUUGUUGUUGUUGUUAUUGGUACGUACACGGUGUGAUAUGGUUUAGCGACUGUCGAAAGAGUUUUUGAAGGCCAAACUCAUUGCAUCUGACGAAUUGUAUCUCUCAUAUGUGCUCGUGGGCGAGUUUGCGUUAGCGAUGGGACGAUUGGGAAGCCUCUGCAUCUGAAUAUUUUGAUCAGAAUCGCUCCUCGAAAUUUCUGUCGUUUUGUUAGAGUCUGUAGCGCUUAAUUGUUUAUUGUCAUCUACUCUAAAUUGUAAUGGAUAUCUCUUUGUGAUAUUUUUGUUACAAUACCCCAGAGUGCGCUACAGGUCGCCCGACGUCGAGUGUGGAUACAUUUCGGAAGAGAAAGGAAGGCUCAAGAGAUUUAAAAACAUGGAGAAAGCCCGCGCAUGAAUAUGUGAUUUGAUCAAAAACCGCAACAAAAAAAAAAUGAGAUAAAAUGAAAAAAUACACAGAAUACCAUCCUGUC